AUGGAUGAAGUGAAUAUCAUUGAUAUCAAUGAUACUACAGAGCAGUCUUUAGUGGGUAAUGAAGGAACUGCGAACGGUGUUGUGGUACUAAUUUCAUCAGAAGGGGAAAGAGAAGGACCGCCAGCUUCGGAUCCAAUCCAUUACUCUUUGGCUAGGUCACUCAGCGAUUCGGUGGGACAACGUAAUGUAGAGGAUGAUGACGUGGUGCUGCUUGAGAAUAGUGUGAGUGUCAGCUUUUCCUUAGAAGUGGAGGGCAGAUUCCAAAAUGAUACCGCGAUAGAAUCGGACAAUGAGCCGGCUUCUCAGCCUCAGACUCAAACUUUUAAAAGAUCCCAAUCUCGUCUUUUAGAUGAAAUUGAGAAUAGUGGCUUAUCAAUAUCAGCAUUAAGUGAUGACGAGGAAGCUUCUCCACUUGUUUCAAAUCAGCGGUCAGUAAUACACAAGAAUAUUGAAAGCGAAGUGAAAUCUGGCAAGUAUAUCAUACCGUUACCUCAGUCUUCUCCAUUGGAGAAGAUGUCCCAGGUAUUCAACUACCAACUAGCGUCAUCUCCAACACCUAAUAAGUCACCUUCGUCUAGAUCAACCUUACCAGUCAAGUCACCCUUACAGUUAUCAACGACAGUUGCCAAUAAAAGAUCAUAUCGCGAAGUACAACCUCCGAAGUUUGAUCCAUACCUUACGAGAAAGCUCAAAAAACCACAGAACAAAGCCACGGCGGAUGUUUCAAGUGUUGCGUUGGAUCUUACUAAGUAUAUGGAGGAUUGCCAUGAUUUGUAUGGAACUCUAGUCUCUGAUACACACAUUAGACAACAAAGAUCAUUGGAUACCAAAACUAACAGCUAUCAUAGCGAAUCUAAUUAUGAACACGAUUCUAUUGUAAUUGAAUCAGAUGAAGACGAUGAUAUAACUAAUACACGACAAGAAAAGCCUUUAUUUGUACAACACUCUUCUCAAUCUACACCUGUCAGUUCAAAUAAGUUGGCCCUGCGACAACCUAGACACGUUGAAGAUGAGAAAAUUGAUAAGGUCAAACCAAUGGUAAACGCAAGACCUUUUACAGAUCAAGAGUACUCCGAGAUGGUCAAGAAGUGCUUAGGUACAUCAGAAAUGAGAAAGCUCUACAAUGAAUGCAACAAAGUUUCUAGAACGGAGGAGACUAUUUACAAUGAAAUGAUAUUAACCGUUAAUAAUAAAGUUAUGGAACUCAUACAUUCUAAACAUAUAUCGUUUGAAGAAGAACUCAAACCUUUGACAAUUAUACAAAAUUAUGAGGAGUUUCCUAUCAUCAGAUUCAAGCGUAAGUGUAGAUCUAUUUAUGAUCAGACUCACGGCGUAUUCUAUCCCUGCGAUGAGGUGAUUGCAAAUGAGUCGAUAUGUGUGUUGGUGUAUGAGGCAUUACCAUUCUUUCACAGAUACAGGACUGAUAAGAGAGGUCUAUGGGAUGAAAUUCGACAGUUCUCAAAAAAUGGUAUGAAGGUCAUCGUAGUAAUGUAUGGACUAAAUGCUUUAAGAAAGAAGUUAUGCAAUAUGGAGAAUAGACAACAUGAGGAUCGGGUAUUAGAACAACUGUCAGGAAGCGCAUCAAGUCAAAGCCAAUCAAAGACGAGACGAAGAUCUACACAAGAAACAAAGAUGAGAGAACUAAACAUAAAGUCCAAAAAUUUAGACAGAAUCAUAAACGAGGUUACAAUAUAUGCAAACGUUGAUGUGUUCCCUAUAGAAAACUUGAAUGAAUUUUCUCAUUGGAUGAAAAAUCUUGUGUGGGUAGUGGGUAAGAUGCGUUACGACGUUUCAGUAAAGUAUAAAGAGUGGUCUCAUUUAAAUGUGAAGAGUGGAAAAUCUCCAACUGACGUGUUGUACAGUUUCCUUCAACAAGUUGCCCAUGUGAACGAACCAAAGGCAAAGAGAGUUGUUACGCAUUACAAGUCUUUCCAGUCUAUGAUGAAUGAUAUGAAGGCGGGAUAUGUCGCCCAAAGUCAUGACAAUAAGCCUCUAAUGCCUAAAUCUCUUGAGAGGGCUUUGCAUACUCUAUACACAUCUGAUGACCCAAAUGAGUUGAUAUUCACGGAUUGA